AUGGACCAGGGCAACACGACUCUCCCACCAACCACUGGGGCAAAUUCCAGCCAGACCCCAGCAGCUGUGAGCACCGCUCACCUGGCUGCAGCCGCGUUGCUCUUCCCCACCUUCCUGGUGGGUGUGACGGGGAAUGGGCUGUACCUGUGGGUGCUGGCACUGAAGAUGAGGAGGACGGUGACCACCCUCUGGUUCCUUCACCUGGUCUCUUGUUCUCUCCUCUUCACCCUACUGAUCCCUUUCUUCAUUGUCUCCCUCCUCAUGGGUUUCCACUGGGUCUUCGGCAUGGCGAUGUGCAAGCUCCUUAAUUCCUGCAUCUCCAUGGGCAUGUUCUCCUCCGUCUUCCUUCUCACCCUCAUCAGUCUGGACCGCUACACCCUCACUCACCAUCCCAUCUGGUCUCGGAAUCACCGCACCAUGCCCCGGGCUCGGAAGCUGGUUGUGGGCGUGUGGUUGGCCUCCUUCGGUCUCAGUGCUCCCUACCUGGCUUUCCGGGAGACCCAGGUGGUGGAUGGGGGCAGAAUCAUCUGCAUCAACAAUUACGCCCCCUCUGCAGACUGGAAUGGAGCCGAGAUGCAGGACCUGGGCAGACGGGUCCACCUGGCUGUCUUCAUGGUCCGGUUACUGCUGGGAUUCCUGCUGCCUUUCUGCACCAUUGCGGGAUGCUAUGGCAGGGUGGGGCUGAAGAUGAAGGAGAAGAAGCUGGCAUGGGCUGGGAAGCCCUUCAAAGUCAUGGUGACCGCGGUAAUUUCCUUCUUUAUCGGCUGGCUGCCCUACCACCUCUACCAUGGUUUGAAGCUCUACAAUAAGGAUGUGCCACAAUCGGUGACAGGUGCCUUCUUGGUCAUUUACACCUUCACGUCCUGCUUCAAUGCCUGCUUCACCCCCAUUCUCUACCUCUUUGUGGGGGAAAAGUUCUGGCAGGUCUUCAGGAUGUCUCUUCUCAUUCUGGUCAAAGCAGCUUUUGUUGAUGAUCUCGGCAGCAGUGCCCAUGAGUAUAGUGGAAGACACGGGUCAGAAGUUGAGAACACAAAACAGGAGAUGGCCUGA